AGAGGUGAGUGAAGAAGAAAGUAGAUUUUGACAUUGUUGAUCAGAGCUGAGACGCCAUCACAGGGUGUGAGAUCUCUGCUGGAAAACACACGUUUGGAUUAUUUGAAGCAAUCAAGAGACGGGACAGUAACUCGGUGAGUCUUGCUUUUGAAAGACAAUUUAGAUACCAAGACAAAUGGCUGAGAAAACUGCUCUUUUUGAAAGUUAUCUGAACUGCCAUGUGUGUUCAGAGACUUUCAGAGAUCCUGUGUCUCUGAGCUGCAACCACAGCUUCUGUUCAAGCUGCCUGAAGAAAAUCUGGGAACAAGCUGAAAACAAAAACUGUCCCAUUUGUAAAAGAAAAUCAUCUAAAGAUAAUCUUGGGUUGAACUUUGCACUGAAGGAACUGUCUGACUCGUUUGCUGAGAGACAGAAAGCUGGAUCAUCUGAGCCAGAAAUAAAGAAGAAGAAGGUGGAGGUGGUGUGUAGUAAACAUCAAGAAGAGCCUAAACUGUUCUUUAAGGAUGAAGAGAGAGCUGUGUGUCCUGUCUGUGAGUUUUCUCUCCACCAGAGUCACAAGUUGGUUCCUAUAGAACAAGCAGUCAGUGACCUGAAGGACCAGCUGACAUCUGACUUAGAGUCUCUACAGGACAAGAGGGACAAACAUGAAGAAGUGGAGAAAAAAUAUGAUGAAAUGGUUAAACACUCUAAGAAGCAGCUGUUCUCCACAGAGAGGCAGAUCACAGCAGAGUUCAACAAGCUCCACCAGUUCCUGAAAGAGGAAGAGGAGUCCAGACUGGCAGCUCUGAGGGAGGAAGAGGAGCAGAAGGGGAAGACUAUCAGCAGAGAGAUGAAGAUGAUUCAGGAGCACAUCUCCUCUCUGUCAGACAGUAUCUCUGCUGUUGAAGAAGACCUGCAGAAACACAACGUGCCCUUCCUCAGCAGUUGUAAAGCCACUCAGACCAGAGCCAGAGUCCAGUGCUCACUGUCAGAUCCACAGCUGGUCUCAGGAGCGCUGAUAGAUGUGGCCAAACACCUGGGCAACCUGUCCUUCAGAGUCUGGGAGAAGAUGAAGGACAAGGUCCACUUCAGUCCUGUCAUUCUGGACCCAAACACUGCAUGCCCCAUUCUCUAUCUGUCUGAUGAUCUGACCAGUGUGAGACGUGGAGACACAAUCCAGCAGCUUCCUGACAAUCCAGAGAGACACACUAAGUAUCCCACUGUUCUGGGCUCUGAGGGCUUCAGCUCAGGGAAACACAGCUGGGAGGUGGAGGUGGGAGACCAUCCUCACUGGCUUGUAGGUUUGACAAAAGAGUCAGCUGACAGGAAGGAGAAAAGUUCUGCCACACCAAAUUAUGGAAUCUGGUGUUUAACUCAUCAAAGUGGAAAAUACACUAAUGGUCUUGGUGAGACAGUCGGAGUGAAGAAGAGUCUCCAGAGGAUCAGAGUCCAGCUGGACUAUGACGGGGGGGAGGUGUCCUUCUACGACCCUGAAGACAUGACUCACAUCUACACUUACAGAGACACUUUCACUGAGAAACUCUUCCCAUGGUUCAGUAUUGGAUCAGCUGGUGAUGCUAAAACUGCUGAUAUCAAAAUCUGUCAAACUGAGAUUCUCUGUGAUGUUCAGGGAGGGUGGUGAGGUCAAAGUGAUUUAUUGGGAUUUUUAUAACAAAGGUGUUUUUUCUUGUCAGUUAGCUCUUUAUGGGAGAGAAUCGUGUAAUUUUAAAGUACAUGAAGAAAAUAUAGAGAUCCAGAUUAAAGAAAAAAUCAGAUUUGAUCUCUUUAAGCAAAUUACAUGAUGGAACACAUUCCUUGGUUGUUGUAAAAUAUAUUUCCAAAGCACAGAAUGAGAAACUAAAGCAUAAAUGGAGGCAGAAUAAGUUGUGUGAAGCAUUCUCACCAAAAUGGUGUUUGUGAUGUAAAUAUGCUGCAAGAACUGGGACGAGUAGAUUUACUGUCAUAAUUAUAUUUUUACGUUUAUCUACAGAUUUUUUUAUUUUAUUUUCCAAGGACAUACAACCUUAAGUUUACACUAAAAAAAGCUAUAAUUUUAAAUGACAUAAUCACAAAAAGCUUAAUUUUACCUUGUUUAUUUUUUACAUUUCACAAUUGCUUCAUUAUGUUUCAUAGUAACUGGUGACUUUCAUAGAUAAACGCUUCAGUUCCUUCACUUGUUUUAUGUGCAAACAAAUCAGUUUAGCAGUGAUGAUGCAGAAUUACAUUCUAUUCAUUUAUAUCAUUUUGAACAAAUAUUUUCAGAGUCAACAUACCAAAUAAUACAGUUGAUAGUGUUGAUUUAUGGGUAUAAUUUUCAUUCUGUUUAGUUCCACAAGGUAGAGACAAAGUACACUUUUCUUUUUACAGGCUGGCGAGGAUUUUGAUCAUUUUAUUUCCACUUUGUCACAUUUUGUACAUGGAUAUUAUUGUUUCCUAAACAGUUUUGUAAUUGUUCAUGUAAUUAUCUCAGAAAUCCGAUAUACAAAUAGAAUUAUUCAGCACUAAAGAGGCUGCCUGUUAUUUUGUGUUACUGUAGCAUCUUCAUUUAAAUUCAGAUGUUGUGGAUACAGAUUGCUAAUAAAUAAAAUACUUUAUCG